AUGGCACACGAUCAAGAAGCAAACACUAUUAAUAGAACCUUAAGUGACGCCAUGGUAACCUCAAUGGCAGAAUGUUUCGCGUUACAACAGGGAGUUAUGCAUAUUCCUUUUUAUGACGGCAAAAAUAUUCCUGUAAGAGAUUUCAUUCAAGAUUUAAUUAAUGGAGAAUCUAGUAUUCCUGAAAAUUGCGAGAAUCAAUUUGUAAAAGUUGUUUUAUCAAAAUUGAAAGGUGCUGCUCGUGAUAGCACACAUGGAAAGAAAUUUGAUACCAUUGACGAAUUAAUUAAUCAUUUAAAGCAAAGAUUCGGGCCCAGAAAAUCUCAUUCGUGGUACUUACACGAGAUAUCCACUAUUCGUAUGGGUCGAAAUGAAGGUGUAAGUGAAUUUUAUGAUAGGUUAACCCUUUUAUUAGGAGGAGCUAGAGCCGCCCUUGAAGAAAAAUACGAAGCAGAUAAAAUAGGAAACAUGAUUGAACCCUUAAACGAUUGCGCGUUAGAAGCUUUUAUAAGAGGACUUCCGGAUGCAAUUUCAGGAAUGAUAGAAGCCCGAGAUUUAAAGAAAAUAGAAGACGCAUUUAAGGCAGCUUUACAAUACGAAUCCAGACAUCAACAUCAAGUGCCUAAUUAUAGCAAUAAUUAUCAUUUUUCACGGUAUCAGCAGCCGAGCGAUUAUAGAAUGAGAAAUUCCGAUUACGAACCACGGGACAGAAGCCCCAGCCCAAGAGUACGUUUCACCCCACAAGAAGAACAACAAAGACCACGUUCUCAAUCCCCUAAUCCGACAGGAAUUUUAAAAUAUCCUUAUAAUCCUCAACCCUCUACUUCAAAUUAUUAUCCUUCAUUUCCUCAAUAUCCUACGCAUUUUAAUCCACUUCCAUAUAUGCCAUAUAAUCCUUAUCCAUAUUAUCCACCUUCCACAAGGACAGAUGGACAUAAUCCAAGUUCACAUGGAGGAGCUAGAACGCCCCCACGCGCUUUAUCUCCUGCACUAAAUAACGAUAAAAAUUUAAACUUAAACCAGACUCGCCGAACAGACGCGACGACGAGCCCCGAAAAACAAGAACGUCAAGCCCAAGCUUCGUUCAUAAUAGACACUGGAGCUGAUGUUAGUCUAAUAAAAUUAUGUGUUUUACAACCGUCAUUAAUCGUUAGACAAGAUGAAGCAAUCCACAUUGCUGGAAUCAAUCCUGUAAAAAUACCGACACUAGGAACUACUAAAAUAACAUUCAAUAAAAAACCAAUAACUUUCCAAGUAGUUCCUUCUGAUUUUCCUAUUCAUUCCGAUGGAAUUUUAGGCCGAGAAUACCUCAGACAAGAAAAAGUCGAAAUAUCCUUUUGGCAUAACACCAUGGUAACCCACACUAAUCCCACAAAACCUAUAUUUUUCGAGGACAACGAAUCAAUUGCAGCCAGGGAAAAUUUAGUAGAAAAUAAGGAGAAUAAACGAAGAGGAUUAACAAUAAAAGCAAGACAAAGACAAGUAAUACCAAUAGAAGUAAAAAAUAAAGAUAUAGCAGAAGGAUAUUUACCAAUGAUUAAUACAGUAGAAGGACUACUAAUAGGAGAAGGAGUAGUAACUAAUAGAGAUGGGGUUUUCCACAUUUUAGCCAUAAAUACAACAUUAGAAGACAUAGAAGUAGAAAUACCGCACCAAGAAUUGAUUCCUUUUGAUUAUUACCAAUUACCAGGAGAAGAAUCCGAAAGAGAACCAUCAGAAGAAGAAUAUGAACCACCAGAAGAUAGAGUUUCAGCCAUUAUUAGCAACCUGAGAAUCAAUCACCUAAAUGCAGAAGAACAGGAACAUGUCAGAGAAAUUGUAAAUGAAUAUCCGGAAAGUUUUCAUUUACCAGGAGAACCACUGACUCCAACAAACCGAGUCCAACAUCAAAUAUUGACUGUAGAUGAAAUACCCAUUCAUACAAGACCGUAUCGAUUUUCACCUUCACAAAAAGAGGAAAUCGACAAAGUCAUAGAAAGAAUGUCUACCGAAGGUGCUAUAGGUCCUUCCUCUUCACCAUAUAACUCUCCUUUGUUAAUUAUACCUAAAAAGAUUGAUGGAACAGGUAAGAAAAAGUGGAGAAUAGUAAUAGACUUUAGAGCACUUAACGAAAAGACCGUGGGUGACUUCUACCCAAUGCCCCACAUAACUUCUAUCAUCGAUUCUUUGGGCCAAGCCCAAUACUUCUCAGUAUUCGAUCUAGCCAGUGGAUUUCAUCAGAUAGAAUUAGAUCCCAUUGAUAGACAAAAAACUGCCUUUUCAACUGUUCACGGACAUUACGAAUACAUACGAAUGCCCAUGGGACUAAAGAAUUCACCAGCUACGUUCCAAAGACUAAUGGAUCAAGUAUUAAUAGGAUUACAAGGAGUAGAAUUGUUUGUCUAUUUAGACGACAUAGUAAUCUAUGCUGAAAAUCUUGAAGAACAUGGCAAAAAGGUAAGAAGAUUACUAAAAAGAUUAAAAGAAGCGAACCUGAGUUUACAACCAGAAAAAUGCGAAUUUUUGUUUAAAGAAGUUGCCUAUUUAGGGCACAUAAUUAGUAGCGAAGGAGUAAAACCUAACCCAAAGAAAAUAGAAGCUGUAGAGCAAUUUCCUACCCCCAAAACACCUAGAAACGUAAAGCAAUUUCUUGGUCUAGCAGGUUAUUAUCGAAGGUUCAUAAAAGACUUUUCUGCCAAAGCCAAACCUCUUUCAAACUUACUAAAGAAAGACAUAAAAUUCGUUUGGGGACCCGAACAAGAUCACAGUUUCAAGGAAUUAAGAUCUGCUUUAUGUAAAGCUCCCAUAUUACAAUAUCCUGACUUCAAUAAACUAUUCACUAUAACAACAGACGCAUCAGACUACGCCAUAGGCGCCGUUUUAAGUCAAGAAAAGGACGGAAUGGAUUUACCUAUAGCAUAUCUUUCUCGAGUUUUAAACCCACCAGAACAAAACUAUUCUACUACAGAAAAAGAAUGUUUAGCAGUUCUUUAUGCUGUCCAACACUUUCGACCUUACAUUUACGGCAAAAAGUUCAUGUUAGUUAGCGAUCACGAACCACUUAAAUGGAUAAAUUCAAUAAAAGAUCCUGGACAACGUUUAGUAAGAUGGCGUUUAAAAUUAAGAGAUUACGAAUAUGAAUUCAGAUAUAAACCUGGAAAAUUAAAUCAUAAUGCAGAUGCAUUAUCCAGAAAUCCAAUAGUAAAAGACUCACAAGAAUUAAUUAACGAAGAAAAUUCUAAACAAGCCAAAAUUCUAAUGCAAACCAGACAAUCAAAGCGAUCAUCAAAAAUACCAUCAGAAGCAUCUACGAGCGCAACAAACACAGGACCCUCCACCCGUAGUAGAAUAAUUCCACCACCAAAACCCAAAAUAAAUCCAAAACCCACCACAGCAAUUGCUGGACCCUCAACCCGCAGUAAAUUAAUUCCACUACCAAAACCCAAAGUAAAUCCAAAAUCAGGUGCAACAAAUAAACCAAAAACGAGUAGAAAAUUAGAAGAAAGUACUAUUGCUCAACGAGUAACAAAAAGAAGAAAAGGAGACCAAUUACAAUCAAAACAAAAAAGAAUUAUCGAUUCAUCAUCUAGUUCAGAAUCAGAACAAGAAAAAACGGACCCUCCUAUACGUAAAAAGAGUUCAAGCGUAAUCCCCAGUUUAGUUACAACAUUACCCCUAUAUGACCCACAUGCACCUAAAAAUGCAUCACCAGAAACACCCUUUGAAGAAGAAGAAAUAAUUACAGAUACAAACAUUACAGAUAAACCAAUAAUAACAACAAUUAGCCCACCCAAUAGUGGAAGCGAAGACAGUUCAUCAGAAGAAGAAAACAUUCUUUCCAAAACUAGGGAAGAAAAAUUACAAGAACUAGAGAAAUCUGUCUCACAAUUUAAUGAAUCUCUCUCUAAACGUGAAGAAUGGUUAAAGGAAAAAGAAUUACCACCAAGAAAUUGGCCUAACACCUCCCUAGGAAACGAUGAUCCUGAAAUUCAUGAAGCCGCUAAUGCACACAUUCCAGGAAACUAUGUAGAAUUUUCUGAAAAAGUAGGAGAAAUAUUAGAACAAGCUCACCAAAAAAUUCAAGAAUUAACAAAUAAUCCGAUAAACACAAACGAAAAAGAAAAAGAAGCAUUGACAAAAGAGCUUGAAGGAGAAACAAACAAAAAUAAAAAUGUAACCUUCGGUGAUCAACCUAAAAGAGCUGUCACGCCGCUAAAUUUUGAUAGACCACUUGCAAUAUCAACUCCCUAUCCAGUCAUCCAAGAAGAAUCAUCCUCAGAAUCUGAAGAAGAUGAUUACGGUGUAAUCCAUGAAAAAGAAGAAACAAUUGAAGAUAAAUCUAAGGAAAAACAGCCUAUAAUCAAAUCAAAAAUUCAAACAUCAAUUUCUAGUAUUCCCCCUAAUCUUCCAGAAAUAAUAAAUCAAGAAAUAAACACAGAAAAUUUAAACGUUGUAGGUUGUAGAGAAAAUUUAACAUAUUAUAAAAAUAAUUAUGUUCAUUUUCUAUCUGCAGAUUGCGAAAUAACCACACCUAUCGGUCGUCUACUUAUCGAUAUCGGUGCAAUUGAUCCACAGGAAAUAAAAUUACAAAACCCUCAGAAGGGACAAAUCUUAAUAACUCCUAGAGGACGUUAUAAUAUUUAUUCUCUUGUCGUAAAACAUAAUCAUUUUGAUCGACUUUAUAUUGACGAUAUUCGAACUACAUUACAAAGCUUAAAAAUUACUCUUCAAAGAAAUAAUAUAAAAGAAAUCAGAAUAUCCAAAGGAGGAGAUUUAACAAAUGAAUUAUUAAGAGGCGAAUUAUUACAAUUAUUACAGUCCAUUUUUCAAAAUAGUAACAUAAAGGUCACUAUAUGUUAUGGUCAAGUUACAAUCCCAAAAGAAGAAAUUCGUGAAGCCAUAAUUAAAGAAUACCACAAUAGUAAAAUAGGAGGACAUAAAGGAGUAACGAAAACUUAUCGUAGAAUACGCGAAAAGUUUAUUUGGCCAAGAAUUAAAGAACAAGUAACAGAAUUCAUAAGAAAAUGCCCCACCUGCCAAGAAUUAAAAUUAGUAAGAGCAAAAACUAAGGAACCAAUGUUAAUUACUGACACACCACUUGAUGUUUUUGACAAAGUUUCAUUAGAUACAGUAGGAAAACUACCUACAACCCCAGAUGGAAAUUGCCACAUAUUAACUAUGCAAGAUCAAUUAUCAAAAUAUUGUAUAGCAGUACCUAUUCCAGAUAUUUCAACCACCACCAUAGCUCAUGCAGUAGCCACAGAAUUAUACUCGAAAUAUGGAGCCCCAAAGACAAUACUAACUGAUAAAGGAGGAGGUUUUAUUAGUAAACUCAUGAGAAAACUAUCCAAAAUAUUUGGAGUACAACAAGUAACAACAUCUGGAUAUAGACCACAAACAAAUGGAAGUUUAGAAAGAAGAAAAAUAGGCGACAAAGCCUACGUUUUAAGAGAAAUGGCAGAAGUAGUACUCCAAUCACCACCUCUCCAGGGAGAGGUCGUCAACGAAAUCAAUUUCCCAAAAGGAGACAUUAACGAGAUCGAAUUCCCCAAAGGAAUUUUAGAAUAA